AUUUACUCUUCAAUAUACCAUGAAUAUAACAGUGACUUGAUCUGAUAUGGUAGCACGCAGUAAGGGCUGCGCACUCUGCGUGCAACGUCGAGUCAGGUGCGACCAACGGCAGCCUGGAUGCGCGAAAUGCGAGGCCUAUGGGAAGCCCUGUCCCGGAUAUGGGCCUCGCUUCAAGUUCGUUGCCGGGAAGCCAUAUCGCUCUCAGCGCCGUCUAAAGUCAACCUCCGAACAGAAUGGCUCAUCCCCGGACUCACUUGCACUGGUCGACUCCCGGACUGUGCUUCAACUUACAGGCGAGCCGGGCAGCUGCUCGUCCAUCGCCCCGGCUGCUAUGAAUGUGACACAGUGCCUCGACAUUCUGAUUCAGGAAAUCUCCAAGCCGUUUCCUGUAACCUCGGGGCAUGUUACUUCUCGCUUGUUCGGUUCGCUCCCCACGGUUUAUGGACGCAAUAGGACCUUGGAUUCGACAAUAAGGUCCUUUACAGCGCAUCACAUUGGCAAUAUGACGAGUGAUAAGCGAGCAGUGCAAUACGCGAGACAGGUGUAUAUUGAGUCUCUGUAUCGGUUGCGGGUUUCAUUGAACAACCCCCGUGAAUGCUAUUCGUCCGAAGUGUUCUGCGCUGUAAUGAUUCUGUGCCUAUACGAGCUGUUUACCAAUACCCACGAGACGGAUGCCUGGAUGAAACAUGCCAAAGGGUUGAGUCAGCUGGUGGAGCUGAGAGGAGCAGCUCGUUUCCAGAGUGACUUCGACCAUGUGCUUCUCAAAGCCUCCCGAGGUUUGAUCGUGAUGUACUCUCUCUUUUCGGGCGAACGUUGCUUCCUAGCUUCGAAUGAAUGGCAUACCGUGAUGAUACAGCACCCGAAUACAGGCUUGGGCGCUGAUCUUGCGCGCCUGGUCGAACAAUUCUUCGUCUUCUUCACUUUCGCACCUAGUCUCGUGCACCAGCUAUACGACCUCAAAGAUGCAGAUCAUACUCAGCCGGACAUAGUCGCAAAAGCGGAUGAGUUGCUCGCUCGCGCCUUAGCCAUGCAGCGGAAGCUGCUCGCAUGGUUCGCCGAGUUCUCCGCAGUCACGCCAGUCCCAGUUGAAACUCGAUCUUCGACAGGUGAUGCGCGCUUUCCAAUCGUGCUCUAUUACUCAGAUGAAAGCUCCGCAUCUAUGUUCUGCGGAUAUUACUCUUACAUGGUCAUUAUACACGAGAUAUUGAGGGUCUGUGGAUAUCCUGGCCAGCACGCUACCACCGUUGUUUAUUUCCGGGACCAGAUCUGCAUGUCGGUUGAGUAUAAUGCCCGGGGCCUGCUGGGUCCGAACCGCAUGGGCUUCCCGUUCAAAGUAGCCUGGGAAGUUGCCGAUCCUGCCACUAAGGCUUGGAUUCAGGUUUGCUUGGAAAGGCUCUCGAAUGUCUACGCAGCCGUGCAUCCACAGAACCUCGGAUGAGACGAACAUAAUUCUACACUAAGGCAGAUGACAUUGGUACCUCAAUCA